AUGGCCGCUGCCUGCAUCUUCUGCAAGAUCAUCAAGGAAAUCCUGCCCGUCGCAAAGAAAAUCGCUCAAGCCGUAAACGCAAGCGACUACAAUAUCCUCCAGAACAAUGGCAGGAUUGCCCAUCAGGUGGUGGAUCAUGUGCACUUCCACAUGAUUCCUAAGCCGAGUGAGAAGGAAGGAUUGGGUAUUAGUUGGCCUCAGCAGCAGGGUAACCAGGAUAAGCUCAAGAAGCUUAGAGAGGAGAUUUUGGCAAAGAUGUAG